AUGGCCAAUCUCGGAAGCAGAGUGUUCAGAGGAAAAAAAGACCAGGAGGCCUACGACAAGAGUCUCGCAGGCAAAUACAUGAAACUCCUUAAAAAGAACCACUUCUUAUACUUCGGGCUCCCCUUCAUGUUGAGUAUUGUUGCCGGCUCGAUCUAUCUCCAGAAAUUCACCGCCGUCAAGUGGGAAAGAUUCGAUGAGAAGUACAAGCAGAUCAGCGAGAAAGAAAUGCUUUCUGUCAUCGAAAACAGACGCUCGUUCGACGAAAAGGACGAUUUCUACAGGCUCCAGGGUCUUUUGAACGACCACAAGGACGACAUCAACGACGACUACGAGAUUGUGCGUGUAGGCAGAAAAAAGGAGGACGAGCCUGUUUGGUGGAGACCUGGCUCGUAG